AAGGCUGAAUGAAAAGACUGUCCGAGUGGAGCUUCCUUCCUGAUGUGUAAAGAUGUGAAUGUGUUACGGUUCGCGAACAUCGUUCCCGUCUGAAAAUUUUCGUACGUCCACAAACGUUCGGGUCACCGGUCAGCGAAGUUCGCCCCUCUUCAAGGCCUCGCCACAAUGUCAGGGAAAAACACCACCGAAAAGGUUUUGGAAAUCGACGCACACGUCAGCAAACAUUAUGACAUAGUUCGACGUCUCGGCAAGGGGGCCUACGGUAUAGUAUGGAAGGCGAUAGACAAGAAAAACAAGGAGACGGUUGCGGUGAAGAAGAUCUUCGACGCCUUCCAAAACCAGACGGACGCGCAGCGCACGUUCCGCGAGAUAAUGUUCUUACUGUCGUUCGCUAAUCACGAGAACAUCAUACGACUGAUCGGUCUGCACAAGGCGAACAACGACCGGGAUAUUUAUCUCGUGUUCGAGUACAUGGAAAUCGAUCUUCACAACGUCAUUAAGAAGGGCAACCUCCUCAAGGACAUCCAUAAGGUCUUCAUCAUGUAUCAGCUGUUUAAGGCGAUCAAAUACAUACACUCGGGGAACGUGAUACACAGGGACCUGAAGCCGUCGAACGUUCUGCUGAACACUCAGUGCCAGUGUAAAAUCGCCGACUUCGGUCUGGCACGGUCGGUCACUCAGAUCGGCGAGGGUGACGGCGAAACCGGAAGUGAUCCCACCCUCACGGAUUACGUCGCAACCCGCUGGUAUCGAGCGCCGGAAAUACUCGUCGCUUCGAAAAGGUAUACGAAGGGCAUCGAUAUGUGGUCACUGGGGUGCAUUCUCGGCGAGAUGCUUCUUGGAAAGCCGCUAUUCCCUGGUUCAUCGACGAUCAACCAAGUCGAGAGAAUAAUGGCUACCCUACCGUCGCCCAGUAAAGAAGAUCUGAUGUCAGUCUGCGCCGGUUACGGAACCAAUUUGCUAGAGAAAACGCCGAAUGGACCGAGGCGGUCAUUGAGGGAUCUGUUACCAGACGUGUCUGAGAAGGCGUUGCACCUUAUCAGUAAUCUAAUAGUAUUCAACCCUAAUCGCAGGUUAACCGCUGUGGAGGCCUUGGAACACGCCUACGUAGCCAAUUUUCAUAAACGGAGCAAAGAACCGGAAAGGGGUUCGAGCGUGGUGCCGCUACUCAGGGACGAUGUACAGCUUUCCGUUGACGAUUACAGGAAUAAGCUGUACUCGAUGAUGGAUGAGAAACAUCGAAAACAUAAGAAUAUGUCCAAGUCUAGGAUUAGACGGCUUUCGGAGCACAUCAGGAAGGAAACUGCUGUCAAUCAUUCCAACCCCGUGAUCGGACAGGGUGAUGGAACUGUUGGCAAGAAUCCCGGACAUUCGUAUCAAGAUUUACGCAAGGAAAAAGGCAGAAACGACGUCUACGAGCCUUCCUGUUUGGAUGCACGCGCGCAUCUAGCGAAUAGAAAAACGACGCGGCAGCCGCAGAUUGAUAGCGGCGAGGGAAUCAGGAAGACAAGAACUAUAAGCACCUCCAUGGAGCCCCAAACACAAAACUCGACUGUGAAGAAUCAUCGACCGACUGCGAGGAGCGUGGCCACGCAGUACACGUAUAACUUAAUGAACGGCAAUGUAAACAACUUUACGCCUAGCGGGACUAAGAGUUGCCUGUACAUUAACCAACAGCACCGUCAAUUGUCCAAGUCCCAGCGAUCUAUACAGUCCGAUCAAGUGCCCAUGUGUUCUCCUGAUGGAAGGUCGGGCCAGCUGGCGCAGGUCGCUCGUACGAAGCCGCGGAAGAACGGCAAACAGACCCGGCAACCUGCCCGCUUUACGUCGGAUACAAACUGGCGUGGGCAAGAUCGGCAGAGGAUUUCGUUCGCCCACGACAGUCCUCAGAGCCUGCAAACGAAGUAUUUCGCGAAGACAUCGGAUAACACGAUUUGCUACUAUCUCAGAUCGAACGACAGUCAGAACAGCAAGAACGUCAGCAGCGGCAGCAACGCGAACAGCGCGGAAUCGUUGUGCGCUGCGCGCACGACAUCUGCCUCGAAGAAUCAGGUAAUCCGGAAUUAUCUGACCCAAGUGAUGCCGAUGCGAGUCGAACAGCAGAAACCAGCGCCUUGUCGAACGAAGAAAAACGCGGAUCACGCGAUCAUCCUGCGAAGCAACGCCGACCGAUUAGAGUCCUCCGAUUGUCCUGCGAAUGGCGCGCGACGAACGAAAAAUUCUGCUCCUACACACCGCCACGUAACGAGGGAGCAACCGAAGCACGCCACCGAAGGUGCUAAGUGGUCUGCGCCGGUGAACAACUCGGGUUAUCUCAACAAUUAUCGCCAGAGUCACGGUGUGAUAACGGCGUCCGCGUACAAAGACCUGCGAAGCGGGAAUAUAAAAUGGUAGAGACACCGGUGGGUCGGGCUUUCGAAAAAUAUGAACGGCGCCAGCCCGCGCAGUGAAGUCGCAGACAAAUAUUUUUAUACGAUUUCUUCACCCAGGUAGCUUUAGAGGAGUUUCCUUUUUUACAUCUUCGUGGUCACCUGAAAUUUACAAAUGUUGUUCGAUGUCAGUAUUAUGAAUGUCGUCAAGCAUCGCCGAUUAUUCCUACACACGCAACUGCCGAUAGAAUGUCAUGAAGCGUCGUGGUUCUUCACGGAAGCCGAUGCGUAAGUGCAACUUAGGGGCUGGCGAUACCACCGUUCUUUUUCUCGCGAGCUGCGAGGCACGUCGCGCGUGUGUGCCGGUCACUCAAAGUUCCUAAAAUUUCCAAGCAAUCGCAAUCAGUGUGUCGCGUAAUUGACACUCAAAGGGUUCCCACGGGUGGAAUCGUGUUUUCCGCGGGAACAAACCGCCGAACCCGUGGUGAACGAUACUUUAAGCGCUUAGGUAAGAAGAACCUUACAAGAGCUACGAUCUUUUUAUAACCGUAGGAUAAGGACCGUGAAUCGAGAGGAAAGAAAUAAUCAAUAAAGAUCGAAUCACACCUAUUUCGUUGAACUGACUUCCUGUAUCUUCAUUGUCUCGUUGGGAUAAGGUGCAGUAAAAUUCGGUCGGAAGACCGACAAUUAUCGCGCUGGGAUUCGACAAAGGUUCGGCACAUGGUCGGCAAUAAAUGUAGGAAUAUAAACCUCGUGAAAGCAUUCGUGAGGAACAAGGAAGGUUCACGCAUGAAUUUUAAUGUAUUCCGACCCUGUGUCUCGCUGGGACCAAGGAAUUGAUCCUGCUUCGCGUUCAAUGUUUACUCGUGAACGACACGCAGCAUGUAUACUUCUUUGUAAUAUAUCUUUUUGUGAUACAUA